CGGCGGCAUUUGAACGAGCUGACGUUUGACUGCACCGUGUGGAAUUGGAAAGAUCGGGAGCACGGCUGCUGGAUCGGCGAUGGAGUUGAUUUCUCUUUCUGCUCCCCGGAAAACGGGGCGCCUGGUUGGAAGGGCGGGAAGUUGGAUAACAAGGUAGAAAUGUUGCAUCGUUCUUUGCUGCAAUACAUGAGAUGUCAUGAUCUAACAUACAUCAUAGGUGUCAAGCCGUUUUGCAAGACAGAUUUCAAAGGGAAGCGAUGCCGAAACAUUAAUCAAUGUCAUCAAUCCAAAAAGAAGAUCCAACGAACACAAUUCAGGAAAAAUCCGUCGUCCAGCUGUACAUCUCUAACCCGGUGCUGGCCCGCAUUCCCAACAUCCGUGCUACGCCUGGUGGGGAAAUCGAGAAGGUCGAUACGCUGGUGAAGACCGACAUUAGGAUCCAGGGUUUCACGUUUCUCGAUCCAUUCAGGGUCUAUGUCUCGAAGCACGGAUACUACCGGUCCGGAACGUUACAGCAGAACUACACGACCAACGACAGACAACUCAGGUCCUCGAAGCUGAUGCACGUGACGCACCACAUCCCGAAAAUUUUGUCCGGGGAUUUUCUGCAGGGGAUGUCGGGGGGGAGUUUGGAGUUUUGGCUCGAGCACUUCGUAGCGAAGGAGAAUGGGCUGGACAGGGAAGAGGUGUGGAAGAAUGUGAAGAAGUCGCUGGGCAUUUGGAUGCUGGGAGCAAGGGAAAACAUCUGCACCGUGGAUGAUGAUGUUCUUGACGAGGUCGGGGCGAUAAAUAGUAUGCCUCUUGCGGGCAAACAAGAAGCUGACAAAGAAGUAGACACUGCCGCGGCAAGCAGAACUUCUGGCAAGGCAAAAGGCAACGCCUACAUCACCGACGCCUCCGCCUGUAAAUCGCACGGUUUCCACUUCACCGCCGACAUGAUUGUGGAUUCGAAUGGUCGCGCGUGGGUGAUGGAGGUCCAUUUAACACUGGGGAUCAAGUCGCCCGGGCUAGGGGAUCCCGAAGCGGGCUACGAUGAGCUCUUGACGCGGGAAACCCGGCAGGGGGUGAUGGGGGCGGUCUCGAUGUCGUUUGCGCGGUUCAUGGAUUUGCCGUUUCGGUUGAAGGUGCUGGAUUUGGUAGGACAACGAGGAGGAGGAGAGAUGGCAGAGCAGAAGAAUGAUCGAAUAAAUCCGUCACCAAGAGACGACAUUGUGCACAUGAUCAUGGAGGACCGGAUGCUUUGCCGGCUCGACACGGAAAGCGUUUUUCCGAAACUCUGGCGGGAUUUCACGGAUUUUGAAGAGGCAUCUUCCGAUAGAAGUAGUGCAGAGGAGGGCGACACAGUACAGGAUCAUCGAAACAACGCCAACUUCAUCUCCAGCCGAAGUCCGGUGAACAAGCAAAUGGCACAGCUGUAUCAACAGUUUGACGAAACACUAGCAGAAGUAAAAGCGAGAAUAAGUGACGCUAGAACCAACUGCCGCGUGCUAGACUUCAAUCGAGACCGCGUUUGGAAAGCGGAGCACACGGAUUUCUUUUGAAGAUGAUUUUUCCGAGUUCGGUCGCGUUAUCCUUCAUGAUAGGGUGUGCGCAAGCAUUUUGUUGCAUUCGCGCCAUCUUGUCCGUCGUGCUCGUGGGAAUCGCUGCAAAACAAGUUUCAACACGC